UUGUCAGCCGAGUUGUGAUUUGUGCGCCCGAAGUGCCAACUUGUGUUUAUUUGCCGGCAAUUGUAAAAUAACAAAACAAUGGACGAAGAAUAUGAUGAUGAAGGAUGGAUGGGCCGACACAAGCCAGGGGACGAUGAGGAGAAUGCCGAGGAACCACUGGAGAAUCCCCAGGAAGUCUUACGAGAAUGCCUGGAAAAGUUUUCUACUCCCGAUUACAUUAUGGAGCCCGGGAUAUUCACCCAACUGAAAAAGUACUUCCAGGCUGGAGGUACUCCAGAGCAAGUCAUCAAUCUCUUGUCGGAGAACUAUAAGGCGGUCGCCCAAAUGGCCAACCUCUUGGCCGAGUGGCUGAUCCUGGCUGGUGUGAAAGUCACGGACGUCCAAGCCAUGGUCGAGAACCAUCUAAAAGACAUGAUAUUGCGAACGUUUGACCCCAAGAAAGCUGAUACAAUCUUCACGGAGGAGGGUGAAACUCCAGACUGGCUUACGGAAAUGAUUGACCAUCAUACGUGGCGUUCUCUGAUCUAUCGACUGGCCGAGGAGUAUCCUGACUGUCUGAUGUUGAAUUUCACCAUUAAGCUUAUUUCCGAUGCGGGCUUCCAAAGUGAAAUCACUUCCAUCUCUACAGCUGCACAACAAAUCGAAGUAUUCUCGCGAGUUCUGAAGACCUCAAUCAUUAAGUUCCUCAAUAACCCGGAGGAUAUUCAAGGUACUAUCCAAGAAUGCGCAAGGAUGGUGUGCCACGGGCAGCAUACUUACGUUUAUAGCCAGGUUUUGAUACAAGUUUUGUCACAAGAGCCGAAAGGAGGAUUCAACAUGAAGCGGUUGGCGCAGGAGAUCACUAAAUAUGCAUUGAAUAACAACCAAAAUGUAACACCCAUAACAAUGGCCCUCAACGGAUCAGCCGGCUACCCUCAAGCAUGCCAAGCGCUCACCUCAAUGCUAUCCCGCAACGCUCUCAACCCUGCCGACAUAACAGUUCUGUUUCGAAACUAUUCCGCCGUUGACCCUCCGCCGAUUGAUCUAGUGCGAAAUCCACAAUUCCUAGAGCUCUUGGUCGACUCCUUGUUCAAAGCGGGCGUGAAAAUCAAUCCAGAACACAAAUCGAAAUACAUUUACCUUCUGGCGUAUGCAUCGAGUGUUUGCGACGUUCCUGGCAAAAAGGGGUCCCAGUCGAAGCGGAAUAUCAACAAAGAAGAACUGAAGCCAACAAUCCAGGCGAUUGAGAAAGCUCACGGGAUUUGUAAUAUGAACAAGGGAUCGCAGGAGCUUAUUGCUGAGCUGCAGUCUCUUUACAAUUGUCUUCGCUUUCCGGUUGUGGGGGUGGGAGUGAUUCGGUGGAUUGAGAAUACCGUGACAGAGCCGUCGUAUUUCAAGUUAUCCACUGAUAGUUGCCCGCCUCAUCUAGCAGUUUUGGAUGAAGUUGCUUCGUUGCAUUCAUCGCUUCAUGGAUCGAUUUUGAGUCUGUUGAUUCGACUGUUUGAAUCAAAGCAGGACGAGCUGGAGAUUCUGGUGCAGUUGGAAAUGAAAAAGAUGUUGCUGGAUCGCAUGGUUAACUUAUUGACGCGUGGGUGUGUUGUUCCCGUGGUGAAAUACAUUAAGCAGUGUUGCUUGAAGGGCGAUACUGAUGUGUCGUUGAUUCGAUAUUUUGUUACAGAGGUAUUAGAAACUAUCACGCAUCCAUACUCGCAGGAAUUCGUUCAGCUUUUCUUACCGAUGGUGGAGAAUGAGGAGAUAACAGGCUCCAUGCGAGGCGAAGGCGACAAUGAUCCAGUGUCGGAAUUUAUAGUGCAUUGUAAAGCUCAUUAUACGACGGUUUAGAGUCUUUUCAAAGUACAUAAAGCGAGCGGGAAAAAAGGAAAUGAGUUAAAAAAUUCAUCAGCUAUUGUGCGAUAAUCGUUAACGAUUUUAUCUGAUAUUCUUAAUAAAGUCUAUUUAAUUUUUGAAUGUAAUUCUGUGACCAGAAGAAUCGCUUCAUCAUUUCGAUUUUAUAUUCUUCCAGUUUUGUGUUAUAAGGUUCACAUGUUAACAGUCGCAUUUCGUUGCUGUCAGUAGAAGUUUUAUAUUAAGUGGAGAAGAUGCUAAACGAAAAUGUGCUUAAAAAUAUAAAAUUUAUAAUUAUUUUGUCUUAAAAAAAGUGACAAAUAAAGAGAAAAUUUUGAUAAAUUGUCAUAAGA